CCGCGCCGCACAGGCGCAGUGGCGUCCGUGGGCUCCGGGGUUUGCGGUCUCCGUUCCGGAGAUUGCAGUUUUCCGAGACUGGGCCUGGUCACGCCCCCUAGCUACCGAAGGCCAAUGGUAGGGGACCUGUCUGGUUGCUAGGGAACGCCUCGCGCCAAGAUGGCGGCAGCCGGUCGGGGGAAUCCGGGCUCGCUCCAGGGAAGGCGGGAGUCGCCGAGGCGGCCGCCGCGGGACGGUUAUGGUGUCUACAUAUACCCAAAUUCCUUCUUCCAAUACGAAGGAGAAUGGAAAGGAGGAAAGAAACAUGGUCAUGGGAAGUUGGUGUUUAAGGAUGGGAGUUAUUACGAAGGUGAAUUCAUGGAUGGCGAGAUCACAGGGCAAGGCUUCCGGUACUGGGCCUGGUCAGGAAACACCUACUCUGGACAGUUUGUUUUGGGAGAGCCACAAGGAUACGGUGUCAUGACGUACAGAGCUGGGGGCCGUUACGAAGGGGAGCUCUGCCACGGCCUCAGGGAAGGGCAGGGCGUCCUGGUGGACCCAAAUGGACAGGUGUACCAGGGGUCCUUCCAUGACAACAUGCGUCACGGCUGGGGGCAGAUGCUCUUUGAGAAUGGCGACAAGUACGAAGGCGACUGGAUCCAGGACCGACGCCAGGGCCACGGGGUGCUGUGCUGCACUGAUGGCUCCACAUACGAGGGACAGUGGCACAGCGACGUGUUCAGUGGACUGGGCAGCUUGACCCACUGCUCCGGGGUCACCUACUGCGGGCUGUGGAUCAAUGGUCACCCAGCAGCACCGGCCACAAGGAUGGAGAUUCUGGGUCCAGAGGUGCUGGAGGUGGCCCACGGCUGUCCGUUCACAGUGCGUGUGCAGCUGCAGCAGGAUGGCGGGGAGACAGCGGACAGUGAGAGCGGCCGGGUCCUGCGGGUCUCAGCGGGGGUGCGGCGUGUCCAGCUCCCCGCCCACUCCAACAUCAGCUUCUUCAAGGUGGACGAAGAUCAGGAGGAGACACCUAUGGAGACCCCAUUUGGGUUCCAGUGCUUCUCCUACCCCCUGUCCUGCCACAUGUCACCACCUUCUCAAGGAGAGCCAGGCUCCACACUGGAUUCCAGGGUCGUCCAUGGCCAAGGUGACAGCCCUGGUCACCUACCCGGUGAGUGGAGGCAACAAACCAGCCAGCAUGGAGCCCAGAGGAUGGAGGGACAGGAGAAGCCUGGGAGGCUGGGCCAGCGGGGGCAAGUGGGAUGGUCCCCGCUGGCAGGCAGGGGUCUAGCAGCCAGGCGGCCCCAGCCUGGUGGCCCCACAGCCCAGGUCACCAUCAUGCACGCCUGGUGUGGGUUGGAGCAGCUGGGAUGGCAGGUGUCUCCUCCCACACAGUACGGCCAUGGGGCUGAGUCCCAGUGCAGGCAAGGUAUGGCCCGGCACUUCAUGGGGCUGCGUUUCUGGUCUGUCAGACUGCACCAUCGCCCACGGCUCCCUCUGCCUCUGAGCCUAUGGAGCCCAGCAACGGCAUCUGGGGUUGCCUGGGCCUGCAGUCACACAUGUCCCUAGCACGUAAGUGGUUCUGCCCAGCCGGCAGGCAGGGUCAGCCUCCAGCACUAGCGCGAGCCAGGGGUACUGCCGUUACUCUGGAGCUGGGCUGGAUCAAGACAAGUUGUGCAGCUCAUGGCACUUGGUGACAGGGAGUCCCUGGCAAAGCUCAACACCGUGAGAACCUGACACGCAUCUUACCGAGCGGCCCAGGGACAGUGUGUCAGUGACCAUGAUGAGGAGGUGUCUGACCCCUGGGCAGCGUCAGUGGAUCUGGUCUUCCCUCAUGCAGCCCUGCACCCCAAGGUGUCUGCACCCUGGGCUGAGAGCUAAGGUCCAGCACACGGGGUGGGGUCCCUGGCAUGCUCAGCUGGGGCUCAGUCAAGCUGACCAUGAGGUCCCCAUCCCCUGUUGGAUCCAAGUGCUGUGAGCUCCUUGGGGGCACAGACUGCGUGGCCCUCAGGUCAGGAGCCAAGCAGGGCUGAUGUGAAAGCUGCAGCCAGAGCUGGCGGGCAGCAGACAGGAGCCGGGAGCAAGGCCACCUUCAGGAACAGUGGACAGGUCCAGGUGUGGCAGGAUGAUGUCCCUGCUCAUGGAAGAGCUGGCCAGAUAGUGGUCCCACCCUGCCUAGCGCUCUGCUGGGGGAGUCUGAUUCCUACCCACAGGGCCCCUAUAGCCCCUCUCUGCCACCUGGCCACGCUUCAGCAUAGAACACCCUGGUGCAUCUGCCAAGGCUGCCUGUCCUACCUGAGCCUCUCUUUCUCGGGGCAGCCGAAGCCCUCCUAUGACCCAGGGUCCUCAUGCCCUCCUGCAGGACACCUUAAGCCCCACAGCUCUGCGCCACUGCACCUCUGAGGUGCUCAAGAUGCUGGGGAGUGCCCAGGGCCAGCCCUCUGAGGCCUCCCGGGCAUGGCUGUGGCCAUGUAGCCUUCUCUGCAACCAGAGGGGCCGGUGGUCACUGGCGACAGCCAGAGAGGGGGCAUCUCUGGGUCUCAGAGGCUGGGAUCGCCCAUCAGGGGCCUGCACCCACUUGCCUCCCCCAUCCCAGAGACCUACCAGUGGGCAGCCAGGCCUGAGCUGGACAGGCCAGUCCUUGUGGGAGCUGACUGUCCUCUGAUGAGGGUUUGUCUGUACAGUGGUCCUGAGAAAGCAGCUCAGGGAUGAAUCAAUUAUUCCUCCUUCAGGGAGCAAGACAGCCUCAGCUCAUCCCUGUGGGCUGCAGGCCUGAGUGGCCAGGUCCCCCGGUCUUGGGGCACAGGAUGGGACCUGUCUACCCCCUGGUCUGCCUCCCCAAGUUCACAGCAGCCAUUCCAGCCACUGGGUGGAAGGGUCCUUGGGUUUCUGCGUAAAAAUACUCACUGACUACGAGGAGUUUCAGAGCGAGUCCCAAGGUCGAAGUGGAAACCAGCGCAGGAGUGCAGAGUUUGCCCCCACCCCCGAGAGCCCUCAGGCUCAGCCUGGGCUUGGGCCCUGGGCCUGGAUCCAGGACUGAGCACCCCCAUGUGCUCAUGCCCCCGGCCGUCCAGUGUCGGUGUGCCCUGUUGGGAGGUGUCCGGCCCCGCACUGCCCAGUGUCUCCUGAUCGAUCUGUGCCUCAGUUUGCUCAUGGACCCCAAACCCCAGGCUGGGCCAGGCCAUCAGGAGGCAGGGUCCCUGCAAAGCUUGCCCCUGUCCAGAUUCAGUCCAAACAGAGCGUAGGCAGUGACCAGGGGUCAGGAGGCUCCCCACGCUCUCCCUGGCUUCCCUGUGGGAGCUGUGGGCAGACAGGGUGCUGUGUCCUAUCCUGGUCCUGACACAGCCACUGGGGCCCUCAGGUCCCUCUGGAGGCCCAGCUCUGAGCAGCAUUGAGCCACAGCACCCCCAAAGGCUGGCCGGUGCCCACACCCACACUGGAGUGCCAGUCCUCAUGGCAACCAAGUCACCCACUAAACCCAGACCAGAAUGGGGCACGGCUCGGAAACAGGUCCAGGUGGGCGACUCGGAGGCCAAGUGCGGGAGAGCCCUGGCCAGGCUGCGUGCCUCCCGAGGGCCAGGCCAGACAGGUGUGGGAUGGAUGCUAGGGGGUGCAGGUCUCCCAUCUGCACCUCUUCCUCACAAGACCCCCUAGCAGGGACCAACUCAGCUUUCCGCUUGCAAACCAUGGUCCCACCAAAUGGCUCUCUAUCCUGCAACGUUCAGAAUAAGCUUUCCUGUAUGCCCACUGCUGUCUGCCCUGGUCCUUGGCCCCAGCUGUGCCCCAUGCAGUGCCCUGGGCUCCUGUCCCCAUCCUGCCUGGGACCCUUCAGACAAAGCUGGGAAGUUCAGCUUGGUCCUGGUGAGGACAGCGACCACCUGAAAAUUUGAGAAAACUUGCAUCACUGACAAGCAGUUGGUCUCUCGUGGCCCACGGCCUGGAAUCCUCAAGGCUCAGAGAGCCAUUGGUCAGAGACCAGCUCCGUCUGCCCCAGCGUUCUGGUGGUCGGCAGCCAUCUGUGUCCCGGAAAGAGGUGGGGGAUACACGGCCACACCCGCAGGCUGAUUCCUGGCCUGUGCCAAGCAGGAGAAGGCAGCCUCAGGCUUCCUUCCUCUACCAGCCAGAAAAACACAGAGCCUGGGAAUCUGAAGCAACUCUGCACACGUAGGGAAAAAAAUCCUGAAUCCUUUCCCAGGCGCAGCAAGCAGGACCCAUCCCUCCCCCUGGCCACACAUGGUCACCACGCUCACCAGGCCCUGGCCCGUGAGUCAAGGCCCGUGGCCCAUGCUGCUGCACCCGAGAGAGGCCCAGGCACCCACAUGCCUGUGGCACUGCUCCCGCCAGACGUCCCCCUGCAUCCUGUCACCAGAGAGCGCCGUGGGGGCCGGAAGCAGGAGGUGCUGUCCCUGUGCAAGGCACUUGGGCUGGCUCCUGGCGAGGGUCAGAAGCUGUGCGUGCAGAGCCCCCGCCCAGGCACAGCACCCAGGCUGGUCAGCCCUUGCUCCACAGAGCAGGGUGUGAGGGGCUGGCACGGUGCGGGGCUGGUUCACCUUUGCCCUGGCAAACUGUGCUUAGGAUCUGCUUUUAUCAGCCAGAAAAGCAGCUUCAGCCCCACUGGCUUUGCUUCUUUACACGAAAGCCCAGAGUGAAGGGGCAGCACUGCCUGAGUCUCUGUGGACCCCAGUGUCUGCUGCUUGCGCAGUUACUCUGUCAUCUUCCUGUACUACUUCAUGGUCCUGUGUGGCUGCAAAAGCUCCAGCCAUCAGAGGCCCUCUGCAACUGGCAGGAAGGAAAAACCUAGAGGACAGAACUUGGUUACAGAAACCAGGCCACGUGGAGGUAAAAAGUGCAAAGUGCCUACAAGAACAGGCUUAUCCUAUCAGAAAAAAAGGGGAACGGAUGCUGGCUGUCUUUGCCAAGGAAGGAAGACCUCCUGGGCCUGCCUGGUGGAGCUUGAGUUGUCCAGAGACCGUGGGAGCUGGAGAUGGAGCGCUGCACCAGCUCCGUGACUGAGGUCGUCUGUCUGUGACCUUGUGACCCCUGCCCCGAGGACCACGAAGCUGCUGUGAGCAGACCUGAUCCACGGUUCGAGGUAUCCCUGGUGGCCAUGCCUGGUUGACCUGCAGCCCCUGCUCCCGGCUUGGGACCCUGCAGGAUGCUGGUACCUGGCUCGUGGACGGCCAGGCACCUCUGGUCGGACCCUCUAAGCACUGGGUUUGCCGUCACUGCCUCUGUCAAGGGGCUGUGACCCGGCUGCCCACGGAGGGCAGAGCACUGCCUGAGUCAGACCUAAAAUUAAAAGCGGGGGGCGAUGGCGAGCUGAGGCAGCGAUGGGUGUUUCCACGUGUUCCCGAGCCAGGGACCCGCAGCCAGGCUGUGUGGGGUGCAGGCCCCAGGCGGGAGCCACGGUUGCCCGGAAUGUGAGAGAAGGAAGCCACGCUGGAGCUCGGGAACCCCGCCCUGCCCACCUGGACCUGGGGCAGCAGCCAGAGCCCUGGAGCCCAGAACUGACCAUGACCCAGGGUCUGCAGCACCCCCAGAUCCGGAAACAGACGGCCAGGAAACGCACCCACAGAUACCAGCUUUCUCGUCUACUACACACGAGGCACCUCCUUCCCAAGGCCUCGUGUCAGCAAUAUGUAAUUGCAAAGGCACAUUUCAUUAUUCUGUUGACAUGAAAUAUCUGUUGUUUAACUGUUUCUAACUUUGCAAUGCGCGAUUUGCAUUUCGUCGAGAAGAAAAGACGACCUCCCAGACGUGGACCGUUGCCAGAUAUUCCAAACCCUAUUUUGGAUAAAUUACAGCACCCAGAUUUCAGCAACAAAGCACAUUGAUUUCACAUUCAAGAGGAUUUUUAUAUUUAGUCUCCUAACCUUUUGUAAUUCCCACCCACGGCUCGGAAUCCAGAGCCUUUUGUGCGCCCCGUUCCUGGCGGGGCGUCUGCCUCUUCCCCGGUAAUUUGGGCCCAUUGACUCACGGAGCAGGUGCCCGGGAUUGCAGACGGGCCGCGUGGGCGCCGGGCUCAGGCAGCGCCUGCACACUGGUCUGGGCAGCCACGGCGGGGAGAGAAGCGCACACUGCUCUUCUGUCCUUUCUUUUUUCCGCCGCCCAAACCCUUCCGGCCAGUGCUCCCCAUCGGCCUGGGUGAUUUCCUCUCUUCGUGUGUUGGACAAAUGGGUUUGAGUAUUCAUCAGAUGGGAUCCAGGAAGAAUCAGCCGUUACUGUAAGGUGACUUAGAAAAUCAAGGUGCCCUCUGCUGCUAAGUCAGUCUUGCCAAUAAAAGCGGGGGAAUGCAUAGCGGAGCGGUCCUGGAGAUUUCAGGGCCUCACGGGGCAACAUCACACUCAGUAUUAAUUGUCUACAGCUAAUUACGGCAGGGCAGCACAAGAGAGCCAUCUUUUUAAAGGGAAGUUGGUGCUAUAAAUUCCUUUUCCAGGAACCGUAGCGUACCACGUAGAAGGGAUGUCCCAGAAAAUACAGCAUAAAAAGACAUCUCGCCGCUUCCAGUGCCAAAACAAGGAAUAAAAAUGGAAGUUCGCUCAGA